AGGUCCCGCCCCUGUCACGUGCACCUAGCCAACCAAUCAGCGACGCUCCUGCCCAGGCCCGGCUGGCUAGCUCGUCGCCAUCGCGAGGCCCUCAGAGGAGCUUCGCAGAGGACUCCGUGUGGAGGUGCAGGAGAGCUGUCUGUACCUGGGAAGACACCUUGGGAUGGCGCCACCUCGGAGGAAGCACCUGAGGAGAGCUGCGAAGGCCCCGGUGGAGGCUCCGGGUAUGGCAGCCAAUGACUUUUGGGGACAAGAGAGAAGAGACCUGAGUGGGCCGGAGGCUGUUCCUGAAGGAAACAAUCCAGUACCGGAUAAGCCCGGGGAGAGCAGUCCUUCUGCAGGAACAUUUGAGGACGAUGUGGGGAAUGAAGUACAGAAGAUGCUGGAAAGGCUUGGAGUUGACAUUAAACAGGCUCUUCUCACAAAGAGAAAAAUGUUCGAAAUGGGUACAAAAGCUUCUAUCAAAACCACUAACGAAACAAUUGAGCAUGUUUGGAAACUACAACAAGAACAAAGGCAGAAUCUUCAUCUCAAAUAUUCUCAGCAGUUUCUGACUUUGUUUCGGGAGUGGAAUGUAGACAUGCAGAAAGCCCAGAAACAACAAGAAAAACUAGCCAGUAUGUUUCAAGAGCAACGAAAGGUUCUUCAACAAGCUAGAGUUGUUCAGAAUCAGAGACUGCAAAAAAUUAAAAAUUUAUAUGUGCAAUUCUUAGAGAGUAUGCAGGACUUAGAGAAGGACCAUGAGCAUCUUCUUACUGAUGAACAAAGUGAAGUUAGAGAAGAAAUGACCAAGUUGCAAAACAAAAUUAUGAUGGAAGUUCAACAGCAAGAGCUGGCAAUUGUUCAAAAGUCUCUUCAAUCCCUGUUAUUCUGAUGACUUUGAAGAAAGAACUUGAACCUAAGUGCUAUGAUAGAAGCAUAACAUUAGCUACACCGAACCACGUUGCGGUAGUUUAAAAAUUGUAGUUGAAAUCAGUACAUCUUGUUUACCAUAGCUUGCUUGUUUAGUGCAAGAAUCUUUUCCUGCUAAAACCCCAAGCCCCAAACAGUUACGUGGGUAGCAGCAAUUCCACAAUUAUAUGUAUUAAGCUUUCAGCCCUUCGUUAGUAAUGAUGACUUUGUGUACUUAACACUGUUAAUUAACUUUUAGCAACAGGAUGAUUUAAUUUGAGGCUUGGCCUCCGUGGAUCUGUAUCAGUCCCAAAAGGUUCAGAGCACACGUACAGAAAGAAGGUUACUUUGCUUUUCCUAAAGGAAAAAUAAAAUUAAAGGGUAUAAAAUCUAUCUUA